CUUUCAAUUCCUUCUCUCUGAGGCUUUUGGACGCACUUCUCGCCUACGCCUUUUGGAUCUCAGGUUGCAAUCUGCUCCGAAUCAUUUGGGGCUCUCCGUUUCUGUUUAAUCGCAAUCAGGAGGGUUUGUCUAUCGAGAUUUAGGUUUCCUGUCAGUUUUAUCGGUGGAUACUGGCGUGAUGCUCGAUUCGGUUGGCGGCUACGUCUCGGAUCUGAGAGCGCUCGGUCUCGAUUCUGGGUUUCUUGGGCCGAGGAGGCGUUUAUUCUGAUCGCAGAAUUUUGGGGGAAACCGUCAUGUUUUGGAGAGAAAGAGAGAGGGACACGAGUGAUGGGGAGCAGAACGGCGGUCCACCUUGUGGCCAGGUCCGUGUUCUCGUCGUCGGCGAUGCAGGUGUUGGGAAGACAUCUUUAGUGCACCUAAUAUUGAAAGGCACUUCUAUUGCUCGACCUUCUCAAACAGUGGGCUGUUCAGUGGGUGUGAAGCAUAUUUCUUAUGGAAGUGCUAGUAGCUCUUCUAAUAGCAUAAAGGGUGAUGCACAAAGAGACUUCUUUGUCGAGCUUUGGGAUGUCUCAGGGCAUGAACGUUAUAAAGAUUGUCGAUUUCUUUUCUAUACACAAAUUGAUGGUGUUAUAUUUGUUCAUGAUCUCUCCCAGAGGAGAACCAAAACAAACUUGCACAAGUGGGCUUCUGAGAUCACAGCAAAUGGUACAUUUUCAACUCGUCUGGGUUCUGGUGGUCCUGGAGGCCUUCCUGUUCCUUAUUUAGUUAUUGGUAACAAAACUGAUAUUGUUGCCAAAGUGGGUACAAGGGUAAUGAGCAGUGGCAAUCUCGUCGAUGUUGCUCGCCAGUGGGUUGAGAAACAAGGCCUCCUCCCCUCGAGUGAACAAAUUCCAUUGACAGAUAGCUUUCCGGGCAAUUCAGACCUAUUGGCAGCUGCCAAAGAAGCCAGAUAUGAUAAGGAAGCUGUGAUAAAGUUUUUUCGUUUGUUGAUCAGGAGAAUAUAUAUUUCUGAUGAACUACCAGAUCCUAGUCCAUGGUCCAUAAGCCCAUUGCAAAACCCCAUUUAUUAUACAGGAGAAAAUUUAAGUGAUGAUGAUCAUUAUCACAGAAGAUUGAGUUCAAGUAGUGAAGGUUACAAGUACGAUGUGCUUCCGCUGCUGCCUGCUCACCGAAGCCUUGCACCAGCUCCUACACUCUAUCCUCAGCAGCCUAUGUCGAUGCCGGAGAACUACAGUUUCCACAGACUCUCAGCCACUGGGUUACCCAGAAUUAGUAGCACAAAAUUGAACAAAGCUGAUACCAACAUUUGAUUUCUACUUGGAUUGACAAUAAUCCUCUACAAGGAAUAAAAACAAAAAAAUGCUUCUGAGAUUGUAAUUGUAUGUGAGAUUAGUUCUGCUUGUAAAGUUGUCUCUUUGGUGCCUGCCCAUUUGGUCCUACGAGCAAGUGUUGCAUUACUUAUCAUGACGGUAUAGUCCAUCAUUCUUGUAGAGGAUAUGAAUCAUUUGUUUCUUCAUAAGAAAAUAAUAAAUAUAUCCUUUUUUGACUA